GAGCUCGGUGCCGCGCGUCGAGCGGGCGCACAACGCGGCGGACGCGCUCGGGCGUUGCGGCGCAACGUGCGUGACCAUGUCGGCUUCCAGUUCGGGCGGCGGAGGCGCGUGCGCGGCGCUGUACGGGGCCCUGGCGCUCGUCUACGUGGGGCUCGCGGCCGACUUUUACGUCACCUACAAGCUGUCCGGCGACGUGAGCGUCUUGCGCAGCCUGGUGGCUCCUAGUGGCGAUUCCGGCGGUGAUUUUGCCCGCGGAGGCGGCAGGACCGGGGUUCCGAGUGAGCUUACGACGGGUGACUUGCACGGGUCCUCCGAGGGAGCGAUCUCUCGCCAGCGGCGGAGUGCUCAUCGACGCGGCAGAAAAGAAGCGGCGGCGGCCCGUGCCCGCGGUGCCGGCGAAAACUUUGACAGCGGCAGCAGCGGUGGUGACCACGACCAAAACGUUCCCAGCGUGGAGUUCUUUCCUCAGCCUCAGCAGGCGCCCGGUGGGCCGCACGACGGCAAAGGAUACGUGUGGCUCACUUCCUACUCCAGGAUACCGUUGGUGGUGCUGCAGGAGUUCUGCGAGUCAUCGCGGCGGUACUGCCCCCCGGGGGAAAAGGGCACUCCGGGACAUCCAGGCAACCCAGGCCUAAAGGGUGACAAGGGCGAGCGUGGUGACCGCGGGUUUCCGGGCGAACCAGGCAGCAUUGGCCCGCACGGGCCGCAAGGCAUGCCGGGACUACUUGGUCCAAAGGGUGAAUCCGGUUCAUCAGGCUCACCUGGUCUGGACGGACGCGACGGCCUUCCAGGAGAGCCAGGCCUGGAUGGCGUUCCAGGUCGGGACGGUGUAGACGGGCUACCCGGACGCGACGGGCACCACGGGACGCCUGGGAUACCCGGAAGACCUGGUCUAAAUGGCACCGACGGUAUUCCUGGAAUGCCGGGACCACGUGGUCCUCCAGGCCUGCCCGGGCCACCAGGAGUCCCAGGAACACGUGGGAAAAAAGGAGCGCCGGGCCAUCCCGGAGCAGCCGGUCUACCUGGAAUCGCGACAUGGAAAUUGAGCUCUCACAACGUUACGGACGCUUCAAAACUUCUCAUCCCACCGUCCAUCGUGGACGUGUCCGAGCAGCAGCAAGUGCUGCUCAUGGAGGGCGAGCGGCUCAGCCUGCGUUGUCCGGCCACGGGUCAGCCGCAGCCCACAGUCACGUGGCGUAGGGACGACUCGGCCGCCAUACCGUUCGGCGCCUGGUACCUCACUUCAUUGGAGGGCGACACCUUUAAUGUGAGCCGGGCGACACGCGACCACAUGGGCUCCUACGUGUGCAUCGCCUCCAACGGCGUCCCACCACCCGCCAUGAAGAAGGUCAUCCUGGAGGUCACAUUCCCACCGCUGAUCAAGAUCCACAACUGGGCCGUGGGCGCAAGCAACGGCUCGAGCGCAGUACUGGAGUGCCUAGUCGAGGCGUUUCCACGAGCCUUGAACGCGUGGCUGUUCGGCGAUCAGGGCACAGCCGUGCAGCCCGGCGCGCGGCACACGCUGCGCGAGGAAGAGGCCGGCCCCUACGCCAGCCGCAUGCAGCUCCGCAUCGACCCCGUGUUGCCGCAGGACUUCGGCAUGUACAAGUGUGACAGCCGCAACGCACGGGGUCAUGCUGCCGGCGUUCUCACCGUAUUCCAACUGGACCCAUCUAAGAUGCCGCCAGCGACUGAGGAAACUAGUUAUACUCUCUACGGACAUGCUCCACCUCCCCGUGUCGUCGAGGCCGAGUGCCCCGUGUGCCCGGACUGCCCGUCGACGCACGAGUGCUCCCCAAGCAGGAAAGCAGGAAAACCUGGCCUCUUCAAUGUUGAAAGCAUAGAAACAGUCUACAAUAGGUCCCACUGGCUCCCGCUGAAGCCGCGUGAUACAGAAUGCCGUGCGAAGCGCCGCUACCUGGUCAAGGUGGGCAAGCCGGUGCUGUUCCGCCACAACAACGCCUCGUGGGGCGCCUGGAUGCGCGACUCGUUCAAGCGCGCCUUCGACGCCAGCAAGUUCUGGGUGACGCUGGACGGCGACCGCACCACGCUGCUGGAGUACGUGGACGGCCACUUCACGCGCCGCUACUCGCUGCCGUACGCAUUUCGCGGCAACGCGCAAGUGGUGUACAACAACUCGCUCUUCUACCACCACGAGAACACCGACAGCAUCGUGCGCUUCGACCUGGGCAACAAGUCGACCGCGGCGCUGUCACUCUCGCGCGACUUCUCCAGCAGUCGGCUGCUGUACGCGACGCAGCACAACGCCAUGGACAUCCUGGCCGACGAGAACGGCCUCUGGGUCGUCUACGCCAGCAGCAGCACCAACAACACGCUCGUCGUCAAGUUCCACGAGCGUGCCAUGCAGGCCGAGCGCGUCUGGAACCUCACGCUCGACCACCGCACCGUGGGCGAGAUGUUCAUCGUGUGCGGCGUCCUGUACGCGGUGAACAGCGUCAGCGAAGCGACCACGCGCAUCGCGUUCGCGUUCGACCUCUACGAGGAAGAGGCGCUCGAGCUGGCGCUCAACUUCAGCAACCCGUUCCGCAACACCUCCAUGGUGAGCUACAACCCGAGCGACGGCGCCAUCUACACUUGGGACAUGGGACACCAGCUGCUGUACCCGCUGCUCUUCGCAAACUCCACGUCGUCGCACGCUGCCAGUUGAGUGGUCGUGCCCGCCGCUGUCCUGCUGCUCGCCUUCGCCGCCGUCACUCGCCUCUGACCGUGGCCUUGCCGGCCUUCGAGCCGCGCGGACGCUACGCAGGGCGUGCUCGCCUCGUUUUCACCGCGUGGUCAGCGCCGUCAGCAAACCGGUCUGCGUUGUGGCUACGAACGUCGCGCCAACGAAUGUGCUGUUCCACUGCGUGACGCCGAGGAGCUGCCCCGCUGUGUUUUCCAUACAAUGCCGCACUCACUGUUCAGUGUCAGUUUGUGUUCUAGAGCACUGAAGCUAUUCGUGCUCGCCCCGUCUUAACUACGUGUUGUUGCGCCAACAAUGGUCGUGUGAGAAAAAGCACCGUUCGCACCUGCGUCGCCGAGAAAUUAGGUUGUGCUUCGCAUUUCAUGUAGUCUUUUGUUCAGUGCGACGUUUUGUGCUGACUGACGAGACAUCUUUUCCCGAUUAAUGCGAGCGGCCGCUCAGGGCCUGUCCCAUACUGACGUCGUAGGGGGCUCUUGUUGCAUCCACGAUUGAAGCGCUUGUGAGUUCCCUGUGGUAUCUGCGACAAAUAGGGAGCAAUAAUCUUGUUUGCAAAGUUCCGCAGAACGUGAUGGUGAAAUCAAGUCGAUCGACUUUUAUUCUCCUGUCGCCACACAGCUGUGCACAGUGUUUACCACAACCAGUGGACCGCGGCGCUUCGGCGCUACUUCUACGAUACGAUGUCAUAAAUGUCACUUCGUUUGAUAUCAUUCCUAACUCGGCGGAGUCGUUUCGAAGAAGCUCGCUGCAAACGCUUAGUCUGAUUUUGAUGAUGAAACGGACUGACUAAGACGACGUAGUGAAUUUAAGUUUCUGUAUAUAAGCUGUGAAGAAGACCACAAGCUGAUUUUAAUCCGCACAGAGCCGUGAAAAACAAUAAUUAAUCACUGUUUAUUUUUAAUUCCCUCUUCCGCUCUGUAAAUGGCACAUGCACGCAGUUCCUAUAAUUUAUAAGGAAAAUAACUAUUUUGCCAGCACUCAUUGCCCUACUCAGGGGCGCUCGGUAUUUUGGUCAGACAAGUUCAAGUUUCGCAAAGUUUGACUACUUCACCGCCUGUCAUCCACGAGAACACUGCACAUGGCGUUUUAUGCUGCCUACCUCAAAAGUUCGUUAUUACACUCGAAUAAAAUAAAACGACAACACUAGAAAAAUUCUGGAAGAAGGAAUGUAGCGUACAGUCUUCGGACGGGCAUGUCAUCUAAAGCGCUAGAAGCGAUUUCCGAAUAGACUGCUUUUAUAAGCUCGCACCAAAGGUGUGUUUCCCGUUGGAGAGACUCGAGAACUGCUGGAAACGACGUCGCGUCCGAAGGCGCAACACGAUGUUUUGACAAGGCACAAGUAGUUUCUGUCCGGUCGCAUGACAGCGCUCGUUUCUUCGCGUUCCUCACAACAGUACCCCCUCCUCUCACACCGCCCUCCACUUUCUUUCGUGCUUCUCGUCUUCUCUUCUUCUGUAUGCGCUGCAGCUAGGUCGAGUGCUUCUUCAGAGACCCAAAAAGUAAGUGAAGACAGAAGAUAAGCGAAGGCCAUUGAAAACGGCCGCUAUCGAACGGCCGCACUAGGUUCUGCACGUCGAAUGCUUCCCCUACCCGCGCACACGGUCGGCGUUUUUGUGUUCGCGACCCGAGUUCGCCGCCGCGUCCGCGUUCAAGCGGGAGCGCGGAAGGUUGUAAGAAAAGCGGGGCAAAUAAGUCGGACCGUAAGCACGGAAACGCCUCGCAGUAACGUCGUAGAUCUACUAAAGUGCACACAUCACGGCCUCGCCGGAUUUUUUUUCUCUCUCUUCUCUCGCACUCUUUUAUUUUCCGUUUCUAAAUUGAAGAACGUGCUCGGAAUCCUUUUCUUCUUUUUACCCGUGCCCGGCGCACAACAGGUUUCCGAGGCGCGUGCGUCUCCGCCCGGCGAGGAAGCCGGUUAUCGACCGCGCCCCGCGGGGUCGCGGACGCGAUUGAAAGCCGAGCACAAGAGGACGACGCCGCGCAGCGCUUGUCUCACUCUCAAGUGCCGCGACCUCGGGGAGCGAUGUAAGGGGAGGAAUAACGCGAUUCAACUGCGAAAUCCGGCGCGAGGACGCGAUCUCCCAAGCGACUGAUUCCCUUCUCUCCACGCGCCGCCGACGAACAAGAAAAUUGAAUGAACCAAGAGAGAGCAAAGAUCAUAACAGAGCGAAACGCCACAACUCGGGCGAAACCAAAACGAGAUCAGAGGCUGCGCCGAGUGUGCCGAAAAAGCAGUUCUAAGCGCUUCUUGCGUGCCUCGAGAGCUUGAAAAUUGUUGCCUCCUUGUGCAUUCUUUUGUUCGUUCUUUUGCGCGUAUACCUGCUUCAGCUGGCACCCUUUCUGAAAGCGUCUUCCAGAUAUGUCUCUGCGCGCAGCGUACGCUCGAAAGCUGUCGUCAGUCGCGUGCACCGCAUUAAUCUGCUUCUGGCCGCGCUGAGCUUGUUUGGCUCCCUUCCUCCCAUUUGUGUGCCCGAGAAAGUGAGUAAAAAAAGGAGGGCAAUCACUCACCUAUACGUGGAAUGUUCAACCGAGCGAGCGACGGCACGCGUUUUGUACACUGCGCAAUAAAACGAGUGCUGUGUUGUUGUUCGUGUU